AAUGUUUAUUUCAGUCGCUGAGUAUAGCCACUGUGGUGAAAGCUUCUUCACAGACGUCCGUUUACUGGCCCUGAGUUGAGAUGGCAGAUGUAGAAAGCCACAAGGUUGUGGAUAACGUCGCUGACUGCGUCAAGGCGGUCGAUGACCUCCUGCGGGGGUCUGUCGUUGCUGUGAACUGCGAGGGAAUCAAUCUGGGAAAAAAGGGCCGUCUUACUCUUCUCCAGGUGGCCAAACAAGACGGUUUUGUCUACUUGUUCAAUGUGUUCGUUGAGCCAAAGGUCUUCACUGAAGGCCAACUGAAGUCGUUUCUGGAAAACAAAGCUACCACCAAGGUGUUUCACGCCUGCAGCAAGGACAGUGCCGCUCUCAAGUGCCAGUACGACGUCAUGCUCGUCAACGUGUUUGAUGUACAGGCGGCCCAGUAUGUUAUUGAUAAGUCCGAAGGGAGACAACUCCCGUCUCACCAGAACUUGCUGAACCUGUGCCGCGUGUACACAGACGUCACAUCCCUUGAGGGGAAAGAAGAAGUUCAAGCGAAAUGGUACAAGGCAGACGGGGCGUACUGGGCUAAAACAGAAUUAUCGCCGGAAAUGAUAGACAACGCAUGUGCAGAUGUGCGGAUUCUGUUACCGGAAGUGUAUGACAAGCUGAAGGGGACACUUGGUGAAAAAGAGCUGUGGGGAGAGUUUAAUGAAAGAGUAGAAUUUGAAUUGAACUAUCGAUGGAAUGAGAAUGUCAAAUAUGACAAAUAUGAAGAGACCAUGACUACCAUUAGAAACAUACUUCACCAGUUCUCAACAAAAAACACCAGUAAUGUCGAGUUGGAUGACAUCAAAAACGAGGAUAUCAUUCAAGCGUUGAAACAGAUUCCAACCCGAGAAGUAGGACAGUUUCCUGGUACUGUCAUGAAACUGAAAAAACAAAGUCUAAAAAGGGGAAUGGACGAAUUGGAACAAGCCUUAACAGAAAAGGCCGACUCUUUCGUUCCGCUGGGACGGCACUUCGGAAUGUUGGACAACGUCAAGAACAGCCCUGAUCCUGCAGUAAGCAUGGCAGCAGGUAGACUGAAAGUCAAGCUGGAGGAGAUUCUGAAGACGGACCUAAUUACCAAGUACGAUGAAACAACUCCAGGCAAUUACAUCUCGGAGGAUGAGAAGAGAUACGUGAGAAGACUACCAUCUUCUACCGGCACCAGCUCAGCUGUCAACCCCGUCCUCCGCCAUCUUUACAACGUCAGCAUCGACAGCUACGUGGAGGAAAUAGAGACUCUGAGGCAGAAGUUGCGUCGUGAAGGCAGUCGUUUCAGACUUAACCAUGCAGACCUCCGACAGUGCAAGUACUACAUCAGCGCCCCUGGGGUUCCUGAGAGGCUUAAGACAAAGGCCAAGCUAUUUCUGGACGAAUUACAGGACGCUGGAUAUCUGGCAGCUCCCCGAAGGAGAUCGGGGUAUCAGUUUGGAUUUUGAGUGUCUUUAGACGUGUCUCCACGACGUGGAGUCAGUGUCUGUUUUCAAAUAUACUCUUGUUCCAGUAAUGAUGAAGCCUCAUUCCACAAAUAAUGCCUCAAUAUUCAAUUUGUGGACUUAUUCCAUAAUUGCACUAUGUUACGAAUGAAACUGAUAUGUCUUUCCACAUGCAGUCUUUUAUGCUAAUUAAGAAACUGCACUAUUUCUGAGUAACCCAGAUGUGCUUUAGCCCUUAAGACUUGUCAAGUUUUUAUAUUUGCAUUGUGAAGGUAAGCUACAGAACACUGAUGCUGCGAUACACUUCUUUAACAGAUGGUAUUGGAGAUUUCAAUGUUAAAACAUAAAAGCACAUGUUCAAAAUAUAUGUUCAGGGUUCGCACGUGCUUGAAAAACCGAGUUUCCCUUGAAAACCCCUUUUUCCGUUUAAAGACUCUUAAUUUGUUUUAGCCUUGAAAAGGCCGUAAUUGCCAGCUAUUUGCCCUUAAAGGGUCCUAUAUUUUUCAAAACUUGAAAAGUUAUGAUGUUACAGGAAACUAAUACAUAAGAAAUAUACCUUGCAUUGGCAGUAGGUGUUAAUUAUAAUCUCCAAACAGUCAUUGAACCCAUGUGGGCACCAGCCCAACGGUCAACCGCGUCCAACGCCAUCUUUACAACGUCAGCAUCGACAGUGACGCGGAGGAAAUCGAGACUUUGCGACAGAAGUUCCAGUCUGAGGGGAAGCGUUUCCGACUUCGAGACGGUGACCACAGGCUGUUCAAAUACUACAUCAGCGCUCCUGAAAUCCCACUAAGGCUCAAGACAAAGGCUAAAGGAUUUCUGGAUACGCUGGAGAAUGCUGGAAUCAUUUCAAGACAUAGGAAGAGACAAUACGGGUUCUAAUUAUCACCAGUUCCUACCAGACACCUGCUCAUAAAACGAAAAUCUUGUCUAAGACGCGAAGGAAAAAGAAAUCUUGAUCAUGUCCAUAUAAAAUGUAAUCUCUGGAAGGGACAUUCUCACUUUAAGAUUAGCAACGUGCACUGUGAGUGAACCAAACAAAGAUAAAUUCGAUUGGCCAUCUAAUGAUUAAGAAUGUACAAGAAUACACAGUAUUAUAUAUAUCCAUUUUGUUUGCCUUGCAAUUUAUUUUUUUACACAGAUUCAGUAGUUUGUUAGGGAACAAACAAAAUGCUACUACUAAAAUGCUAUUAAAAUCAAAUGAUGGUUGGGGUGUUGGAAGAUUCUCAUUAGUGUAAACUUUAUAUUUUUAUGUAGGGGUUAUCAUUUUUUAUUAUUUUAUAACUCAAACAGUUUGUUAUUUUGAAAGUUUUUAUCCUUUUUAUAAAGUGAAAUAGGGUACAUUGUUAGACUCAACGAAAGAUUGUCAUGUACAAGUGUAUACAAGUAUUCUAUGAUAGUAUAUUACAAUAGCGCGUUUUCUUUUUAUAUUUAUAUCAAGUAUAUAUAUUAAAUAUUCAUUUUGUUGUAUGACAAUACGUUUUGCACAGAUUUUCAAAAGAGUGUUGUACAUUUCUUUACUUGGAUAACACAUUGUCGGAUAUUUUUUAGAAGUACACUGUUUUGCUUUGAAUAAUACUGUGUUGCUUGUCUUUUAACACUGCCGUUGGCAAUAUCUCAGCCAUUUCACGAUGAUCUGUAAACAAUCAAGACGGGGCCAGACAAUCCUGUAAUAGAGCAUGUAAGUCUCGUGAGGCGUUACUUCCGGUACUAAGCUGGUUCCCGGUUCCCUUUGCGCUUCCGAUUAUUUUCUUACCUCCAGUACCAGACCAGUGGUGACAAGCGUAAAUUCAAGAACCAGUUCUGGUUCCAAAUUGCGAGACCGCCAAAUAUGACUUUACUAGUCCUGACCAGGUGUACAGCCCAUGCUUGGCUGUUAGCUCUUGACAGUCGUAAUGUAUAGUUGGCUAAUUUGGGGAUGGUUAAAUCGGAAAGUUGUUAUUCCUGCAAGGAUUGUCGGUUCCUUACAGUCAACUGACAACCAUAAGACCUUUCGAAAAGGUAUGAAACGUUGUUUGUCACCGGAAGUACUGAGGUCUCGCGAAGUGCCCUGACCUACUUACGGGCCCUAUUAAUUGACAUCAUAGGCAGCUUCUUUGCAGCUGGGAUACGAUAGCAUGGAUGAAUUAUGUCACCAUGUCACCCUGCCCAUCAGAUUCGAUUAGUCAUCGUCACUACAAGCAUGAGUUGCUGAAGAUAAAUUUUAACCCGGAUCUUCACAAGUUCAGUGUAAAAAAUACGAUUUGAAAAUUGCAUAUCUUUUGCUUGGAAAAUAAAUGCUAUUUGCAUUCU